AUGGGAAAGAAAGUUGCCGUGGUCUACACGCUGCUUACAGUCUUUGGCCUUGUCCUCCAAGCUGUCUCCACGAACGUCCGCUGGCACGCGGUGCGUUUCAUGUUUGGGCCGAAGACGCUUUUCCGAAUGCAGACAACGCUGCUCUUCCUCAAGGUGGAGAAAGGUUCCAACUUCCUUUGCCAGCUUGUCCCGAACAGACUGAAACCGGGCAGCUGCGACCUCUUGGCAGAAGGAAUUUCCCUACAAGACGCCGCCGACGAUUGGUGCGCCCCACUACUGUUGAACGUGCUCCCGCAACCAUGCGUAGGUUUCCGCAGCGCCUACUUCCUCGGCUUGGCGAACCUGUUUGCCAUCGGCCUCAACGCUCUGCUGAUGGUGGUCUGCGUGGCGCUCAUCAUCCAGUAUUUGGAAGGAACCUUCCACAAAGGCGUCUACCGCAUCUCGGCCGCGGUCAUCCACGGCAUGGGGACGCUCCUUGUGCUGGGCUGCUAUCUCGGCUAUAUCUUCGAGGCCGUGCGGGCCCUCGACGCCAUCGGUGGCAACGGGAUCCCCGUACUGGCGCAGGCGAGCCGUGGGACUGGCCUGUCCAUCGGCAUUUUCAUCAUGGGUGCUGGCAUCCUCUUUCAGCUCAUCGCGGCUAUCCUCCUCAUCUUCGUGAAGCUUGGGGACGAGCAGACGGAAGAGGAGAAAGCCUUGCGCCAGUGGCAGAAGGAGGACGCCAAGUACUGGUCUCUCGAACAAAGCAUGUCUCAAGCCGGCUACGAUGGACAAGGCUAUAGCAGCUACAACUAUGGCGGCUAUGACGCUUAUGCCAACAGUGGCCAGGCCCUUUAUGACGGCAGCCAAGGGUAUGGUGCCACAGACCAAGGCUUUGCGCAGCCGAUGCCAGGACCAGCAGCCACUGGAGCCGAGAUGGUGACCCCCUCUGGACAAGAUCCCGUGGUGCAGGCCCCGAUGGCGGGCCAGGUGCCAGCACCUGGGCCUUCGCAGUCUUAG